AUGUUGCAGAGACGCUUUUGGUCCGGUAGCCAGUGGCUGCAUUGGGACCCGACAGCCUGCGGCCUGAAGUAUGGCCAUGUCGCCUGGAACGGCCAUGACGAGUGCUGCAUCGAAGCAUUGGCCACGUUGGAGCUGGGCAUGCAGAUCUUCGACCACGAGGAUCGUAAAGGCACCCAUUGCCCAAGUACCAAUAUCGGGUCCUAUGAGGGUGGGUCCUACAAGGGUCACGACUACAAUCUACCCUACGGCCCCUGGGGCGUGCGCGAGGCUUGGCCUGCGCUGCACGAAGUGCACUGUCGGCUGAUGGAACGAACAGUUCUGCUCGCCACAUCCAGGCAUCUUGCUGACUUCGUCCGGCGUUGGUCGGCCGACAAGGUCGAUGCACGAGUCUGCUACUGCGCAGACUACAGCUACUUCGACCGUUUCUUAACUUCCAGCUCCGUUGCAGGUGGCGACUACGUUACAUUCAUUAGCCCCUGUCCGGCGAAAGGGCUUUGUAUUUUCCUCCGGCUUGCUCAAGAUCUGCCAACGGUUCGCUUCCGGGCGGUCACCACCGUGUGGACAAAGACUAUCCACGAGCAACUGCUGCGCUCCCUGCGAAACGUGCGUGUGAGCGCCGGGCGACGAAAUGCUGAGAGCAUCUACCAGAAGACGGCAUUGCUCGUCGUUCCAUCAAUUUGGUCGGAGGCCUUUGGCUUGGUAGCGGUGGAAGCGCAGCUGCGGGGAAUCCCCGUGGUCAGCAGUGGCCACUACGGCCUGGCGGAGGCGAACAUGAUGGAGGAGCUUCGGGUGCCCGACAUCCGACUGGUGCAGGACAUGAAGAUCCGUACUCUCCAUCGCGGGCACAAUAUUGAAGAGCUCGAGGCAAAGUUGACGCCGCGGCGGAAGGAGCCAGGGACGACGGAGGAGGAGAAGAAGCAGCAUGUGGCUGAAAGUCACUUCUACGUAGCCACUGCGGAGGAGGCUUCAGGAUUCCUGGAGCGGGUGAAGGCCCUCAUCGACGAUCCGCAGCACAGAUAUGCUAUGGGUCAAGAGACUGGCUUUGUGGAUUUUCUGACGCUGACGGUGUUCUUUCACGUGCUGAUGGGUGCCGUAGACGAGGAGGCGCAGUGUCUUCACAACCUCUCCCAGAUCGCCGAGGUGCCUUCUGCGACGAAGGGCCGGGCGUCGCCAGAGGUGCGAAGAAGCGAGCUCUCCUCCAUCAAUGAAGAGGGCUUUGACGAGCUCAUCGCUGCCGUAACCCCGAUGCAACAUCGAGCUUCAGAGGCCGCCGCAGCAGCGGCCGCAGCAGCAGCGGCUGCAGACCCUCAGGGGUCGCGGAUCUGUGAGCUCCUCAUGCGCUUCAAUCCAAAGCAGCUGCGAGCUGAGUUCACUCAGCUCUACCGCGAUCGCAUGCACUACGCGGCUAUGGCCCGCCCACAGGAGCUAGCAAAGGGCCCGUCGUCCCCACCCCUCACGGCUACGAGCCGAAAAAUGGCUCAGCGCUUCACACGGAAGAUGCAGGAGGAGAUCGAUCGAGAGGCCCGAAAGAACGAGGAGUUGGUCGGAAGUCAGUUCGCAGAAGCGAAGGCACCCACCGGCGCGAAGGCGCACGUGGAGAUGAUGUACUGGCGCCACCACCAGGCCGAAAUGCGCAGGCAAGGGCUUCGCGAACUUCGCCAGGCGCAGGAGGUGGCCGAGUGCACCUUCCGACCACGCUUGGUGGCUCGAAGAGCCAAAUCGGCAGAGUGCCUGCGUUCGUCCCGGUUGUCCUCCGCAGCCACGCCGAGGAAGGAAGCAGAAGCCACAGCAACGCCGAGGAAGGAGGCUGAGGUGAGCUCACAACAAGCAGAUGCGGAGAUGCAGGCCUGCACCUUCAAGCCAAACGUGCGCCGGAGCGGGAAGAGUCUCACCGUCUCGAAGAAUUCUACCUGCACCUCGCCGCGCGGGGCAGAUGAGUGCGCCAAGCGCCUGCGAAAAGCGUUUGCGGAAAAGGACUGGAGGCGCCGCUACCUGGAGGAAAGAUGUCCAAACUUCAGCCCAGGAUCGACCGCCUCCCGCGCGGAGGCUCCCUCCUUCGAGACUUCGCCUGUGGCGCACGGAAGCACAGGCACCGCACAGCUGGUAGAAUCUCCGCGAGAUUCGCCACUGCUGGCUCAGUCCACCUUUCUGAUGGCGACACUUGCUCCCCAGGUUCCGCCCUCUGCUGGGGCCGCAAGCCCUGGCACACCGACCCUGCGGAGGCCCAGCCAGGACCCAAAGGUCCGUGGCUUCACGCUGCUUGCCGACUCACCGGCGGAGACGCGCAGUCCGGAGGCCCCUGCAAGCGCAUCAACGCAAGGUGGUAGAGGACCUCAGCCCGGGACUCCGGGCGUCCGGCGCUCACGGGAAAGGCUGCCAAAGUCGCAGCCAAGUCAGCGCCGAGUCCCACGCCGGGUCAGCGAGACCCACUCAACGCCACGGACGCCAAAAUCUCCUCCGAGCACGCCGCCAGCGACCAUUCCUCAACCAUCGCCAAAGGGCAACUGGGCAGAACCACGUCGCCCCGUGGUUUUGGUGGAGGUGAGCAUCACCAAGGACCAACCGCCACAAAAGGUGGCGCUCUAUGCCGGUGAUGAUAUCGCCAAGGUGGCCCAAGACUUUGCUGCCAAGCAUCGCCUUCAGCCACAUUUGGCAGAUCGUGUGCAGAGGUAUUUUGCGGAUCUCAUGUGUCAGUCUGGACACUUUGCGCAGAAGUAA